UUCCACGCGACAGCACGCACCCAUGCGCCCAUGAAGGACCCCUACCAGGCUUUAGGUGUCAACAAGAGCGCCUCGGCCUCCGAUAUCAAAAAGGCCUACUACGGCCUCGCCAAGAAGUACCACCCCGACACGAACAAGGACCCCAAGGCCAAGGACCAGUUCGCCGACAUCCAGGCCGCCUACGAGGUCCUGUCCGACCCGAAAAAGAAAGAACAGUACGACCAAUUCGGUGCCGCAGGGUUCGACCCGAGUGCAGGCGGCAGCCCCGGCGGUGGUGACCCGUUCGGCGGCGGCCCGUUUGGCGGGUUCGGAGGAGGCCAGGGGGGCUUCGGGUUCGGCGGCGGCGCGGGAGGAGGAGGAUUUGGUGGUUUUGAGGACCUUUUCAACCAGGCCUUUGGAGGCGGCGCCAAGGGCAGGGGGCGGAACCCGUUCCAGCAGGAGACGGCCGUGGUGGGCGACAACAUCCAGGUGCAGACGACCAUCUCGUUCCUCGAGGCGGCCAAGGGCACGAGCAAGACCAUCACCAUCACGCCCAUGGUGACGUGCGGCACGUGCAGCGGCAACGGGCUCAAGGCGGGCGCCAAGCGCUCCACGUGCCAGAGCUGUGCCGGCAGCGGGACCAGGGUGCACUUCAUGUCCGGCGGCUUCCAGAUGGCCUCGACGUGCAAUACCUGCGGCGGCUCCGGCACCACCGUGGCCAAGGGCUCGCAGUGCAAGACGUGUCACGGCGAUGGUGUGGUGCGGGAGAAGAAGACCCUGACGGUCGACAUCCCCGGCGGCAUCGAGGACGGCAUGAGGUUACGGGUCGACGGACAGGGCGAUGCGCCUGCCCUCGGCGCCUCGGGAGACGCCGGCGCGAGGGGCAUCAACGGAGACCUCUACGUGUUUGUGCGGGUCGCACCAGACCAAAAGUUCAGCCGCGCCGGCUCCGAUAUCCUCUACACGGCGACGAUCCCUUUUACAACGGCGGUCUUGGGUGGAGACAUCACAGUGCCGACGCUGGAUGGCCAGGUCAGCGUCAAGGUGGCAACAGGCACGGCCACGGGUGACAAGAUGACCCUGACGGGCAUGGGCAUGAAGAAGCUGAGCGGCAGGCGCGGUGGCUCGGGAGACCUCAAGGUCGAAUUUAGGGUGAAUAUGCCCAAGUACUUGACGGCCAACCAGCGGACUCUGGUGGAGAUGCUUGCAGAUGAGAUUGGCGACAAGACGGCCAAGAGGGUCAUGUUGAAACCCUCUUCUGGAUCAGCCAACAAUGCCUCUACAAGUGAAGACCACCAGAACGAAGGUUUCCUGAAGUCAAUAUGGCACAACCUUACCAACCAUCCAGCCCACCGCAAGCCUGACGCAGAAGGCCAGUCCAGCAGCUCCACAAAAUCUGAAGGCGAA